AUGCCGUACAGGUUCGCCAGACGCGCGCUGCCGUUAGUCUCAAAUGUUCCCCCUCGUCGGCCGCUCUUUCCCACGUCAUACCGCUUUCCUCGUCGCCCGCAAUUUCCCUCAUCUCCCUCGCCGACCCUCGCCGCCCUCGCCUCUGCUUGUCGCCCGCGCUUCCCGUCGUCGCCCUUGCUUCCCCGUCACCCGUGCUUCCCGUCGUCGCCCUUGCUUCCCCGUCACCCGUGCUUCCCGUCGUCGCCCUUGCUCUCCCGUCACCCGCGCUUCCCGUCGUCGCCCUUGCUUCCCCGUCACCCGCGCUUGUUCUCAUCUCUCGCUCUCCUCCUCAACGGACUGAAUGAGAGACACAGAGGGGAUAGGACAGAAGGGUAUGCAGAUGUUCUUUUCCCCCACGCGCUUCCCCUCAUCGCCCUCACUUCCCCCAAAUUGUUGCCCCCUGUCUCUGUUUUUCCCAACCACCCGUUCUCCCACCAGCCCUGCUUCCCCCUUUGCCCUGAUUCCUUCCACCCUCUGCCCUGCUCCCCCCCAUCCCCUUCCCUGCUUCCCCCCACCCUCUGCCCUGCUCCCCCCAUCCCGUUCCCUGCUUCCCCCCACCCUCUACCCUGCUCCCCCCCAUCCCCUUCCCUGCUCCCCCCCACCCUCUGCCCUGCUUCCCCUCAUCCCAUUCCCUGCUUCUCCCCACCCCCUGCCCUGCUUCUCCCCAUCCCCUUCCCUGCUUCCCCCCAUCCCCUUCCCUGCUUCCCCCCAUCCCCUUCCCUGCUUCCCCCCAUCCCCUUCCCUGCUUCCCCCCAUCCCCUUCCCUGCUUCCCCCCAUCCCCUUCCCUGCUUCUCCCCAUCCGCUUCCCUGCUUCCCCCCCUCUUUUGCUGCUUCCCCCUACCCUCUGCCCUGCUCCCCCCCAUCCCCUUCCCUGCUUCCCCCCAUCCCCUUCCCUGCUUCUCCCCAUCCCCUUCCCUGCUUCCCCCCAUCCCCUUCCCUGCUUCCCCCCAUCCCCUUCCCUGCUUCCCCCCAUCCCCUUCCCUGCUUCCCCCCAUCCCCUUCCCUGCUUCUCCCCAUCCGCUUCCCUGCUUCCCCCCCUCUUUUGCUGCUUCCCCCUACCCUCUGCCCUGCUCCCCCCCAUCCCCUUCCCUGCUUCCCCCCAUCCCCUUCCCUGCUUCUCCCCAUCCCCUUCCCUGCUUCCCCCCAUCCCCUUCCCUGCUUCCCCCCAUCCCCUUCCCUGCUUCCCCCCAUCCCCUUCCCUGCUUCCCCCCAUCCCCUUCCCUGCUUCUCCCCAUCCGCUUCCCUGCUUCCCCCCCUCUUUUGCUGCUUCCCCCUACCCUCUGCCCUGCUCCCCCCCAUCCCCUUCCCUGCUUCCCCCCAUCCCCUUCCCUGCUUCUCCCCAUCCCCUUCCCUGCUUCCCCCCAUCCCCUUCCCUGCUUCCCCCCAUCCCCUUCCCUGCUUCCCCCCAUCCCCUUCCCUGCUUCCCCCCAUCCCCUUCCCUGUCUCCGUGUUACCCGUUUCCUUGUCCCUUUUCCCUGUGUCUCCCCACCCUCUGUUUCAUUCCUUCACCCUCGCACACCUUACCGCCUGCCGACCUUACCGCCUGCCCACCUUACCACCUCAAAUCCUUCCCUUCUCAUCCGCGCGCAGGUGUGGCGGAAGGUGCACGUGCUGCCUUGUGCCUGCCGCUUGCUGUCCACGCCUUCCAUCCCACCUCUCCCAAACCACGUCUUUUUCUAUAUGUGCCUCCCCUGCUGGCCCAUACCCUCUGCUGA